AAGAUUUUUUUUUCUCUAUAACGAAUGACAAAUGUCUAUCUAUGUCCAACAAACCAAUGUCUGGCAAAUUGAUAUUGGACGGAAUUUAUAAGAAAGUUUGUAUUGUAAAGAAUACCAUUUAGUGAUCACUGGGGAUAUUUAUAUGAAUUACAAAAUGACGGGCAAUGUUAAUAAUAAAUUAAGCCCCAAAAUCAUUUCAAUUUUCAUAGUUUUGAUUUGCCACAGUUUUUAUAACCCAACUGAUAGUGGUGCUGUUCAGAUUACUCAAAGCAAUUUAGAUAUGGUACUAGCGUCUAAUGAAGUUGUGUUUAUAAAUUUUUAUGCGGAAUGGUGUAAAUUUAGCAACAUGCUAAUGCCGAUUUUCGAUGAUGCUGCGGACGCGGUUACCAAAGAAGGUUAUGAUACGGGAAAAGUUGUUAUGGGAAAGGUGGAUUGUGACAGAGAAGGAGCUGUAGCAACUAGGUUUCACAUCACAAAGUAUCCUACAUUGAAACUCUUUAGAAAUGGUCUUCCAUCCAAGAAGGAAUACAGAGGUCAACGCUCAGUUGAAGCAUUCACCGAGUUUAUUAAGAAACAGCUAUCAGAUUCUAUUAUUACCUUUGGUUCCUUGAAAGAACUCCAUGAUUUAAGCGAGGACAAGAGACAUAUUAUUGCAUACAUGGACAGGAGGGACCAGCCUGAAUAUGAUGUGGUUCGCAGAGUGGCAGCUAAUCUUAAAGAUGAAUGUAUCUUCCAUGCUGGUUUUGGUGAUGCUUCCCAGCAAAUGCACCCGCCAGGACAACCUAUUGUGGUAUUUAGAACUGAUCGUAAAACUUCAACUGAACCUGAUGAGACGUUCCAAGGUUCCUUGACCAGCUUUGACGAGUUAUAUAACUGGGUACAAGAAAAGUGCAUACCUUUAGUCCGUGAGAUCACCUUUGAGAAUGCUGAAGAACUGACAGAGGAUGGAUUGCCGUUCCUUAUUCUGUUCCAUCAUCCAACUGAUACGGAGAGUGUGAAAAAAUAUAAGGAAAUCAUCAGUAAGGAGUUGUUGUCUGAAAAACAAAAUGUGAACUUCCUGACCGCUGAUGGUGUGAGGUUCGAGCAUCCUCUGCACCACUUGGGGAAAUCGGUAUCAGAUCUGCCGCUGAUCGCCAUCGACUCGUUCCGACACAUGUACCUGUUCCCCAACUACAGUGAUAUGGAGAAGCCCGGCAAGCUCAAGCAGUUCCUGCAAGACCUCUACUCGGGAAAACUUCACAGAGAGUUCCAUUACGGUCCAGAGAGUCCGGAGGUGGUGAGCACAGAUGUGAAGGUGACUACUCCCCCGGAGUCCACCUUCAAGAAGUUGGCUCCGUCCAAAAACAGAUACACUCUGCUCAGGGACGAGUUAUAAGGCUGCUGCAGAUUAGGUUUUGAAAUUUAGCUUAAGUCAAAGCCAACUAAAGGAGCUUUAGUAAAACAUCUCAUCUAA